GUAUAUAUCGAGAGGUAGGCACGGCGGCUGAAAACCGUUCCUCGUGGGCAUUCCAAGCGGGAAUUCUCUAAAGCCAGUUUUGUAUGGACAUAGCCAGUGGACGCGCGCACUUUCAAGUUAUAAAAGCAUCUCUUUCGCGUGCGCGCUCUUUCUCAUAUAAAUACUAUAUGGUGUAUUCAUAUGUAAUGUACAGUAGGAGUGUUUAUUAAUGUUACCAAGGUGCGGUAGUGAAAAAAUUAUUAAGUGUUGAAAUUUUCAAUCAAUUUAAUAUAGUGAUAUUUUUUUUCCUAAAGCUCACGGAUUAUAAUCCAAUUUCAAAAUAGGAAUAUUUGCUCCUCUUUAAUAAUUUUAUAAAAUUUCAACUUGUCAAAAUGGAUGUCGAAACUGGAGCCGUUGUGGCUCUGCAAAUUCUAGCAAUUUGCUCGAUCGUUGCGGCACUAUUGGCCUAUUUGAUGCGACAAUCGCGAAACACAGAUGAAGAAUUCGAGAUGAGGUGCAAACGACAUGUUCUAGUGACCAGUUGUGACACCUGUAUCGGGUUGCAAAUUGCUCUUUCACUGUCAGAAGCAGGUUACAAGGUCUUUGCUGGUUUACUGCAACCGGAAGGAAAUUCUCACGCAAUAAAAAUCUUGAGAGCUGUGCAGUCGCAGAGAGAAAAAGAUCAAGACCCUUCACGCUUGGAGGGUGCCGUGGGAUUAGAUGUACGUGCUCCGGGACAAAUCGUUCCACUGGAACUGGAUCCGACACGAGAGGACAGUUUACGCGCCUGUUUGGACGCAGUUAGAUCGAAACUGCCAGCUGGAGAAGACGGUCUCUGGGCUGUCGUACAUACAGGAGGAUUAGCACUGCCUGGCAUUAUAGAAAAACAGGAAAGUUGUGCUUGGGAGUCCAUGUUAAGACACAAUCUAGUGGCUCCCCUACGAACAGCCCGAGUAUUCAUACCAUUGUUACGCGCAAAGAGAGGUCGCAUUAUCCUUCUGGGUGAUUCGGGUUCAAGUCAUGGAACUGGAUUGGUAGCUUUCAGUGCCUCUAGAAAAGCUGUUGAAGGAGCUGCAGAAGCUUUAAGGACCGAACUUACUUCUUCUGGGAUCGACGUUGUGCUUCUAAAGCCACCUCCUGUGAAUCCCCUUGCUUUAUAUGCGACGCCCGUUCUUAAAACAUCAGGAAACACAUCAAGUACUUCACUAGCUGAGGCUGUAUGGACCGCACCAUUGACGGCUUAUUCGGUGACAAAUUCCUUGAGUUCAGCGCUUAUAUCACAAAAUCCUAAAGUUUUCUACGAUAUGGAUUUGAAGCCUCGCAUUUUUUGCCGAUGAAGAUGAAAUAUUUUCAAAAUUGAAUCAAAAUUUCAGUACACAUUAUCAAAAAUAACACAAAAAAAAAAAAUAUUUAUAAUCAAAAAAUUAAAAUAUUUUCCAACAAAAAAGGAGUAGAAACAAAAGAUUGAAUUACAAAUGUACAUAUAAGUAUUUUUCAGAUUUUUAUAAUUUCGUUAUUUAUAUUAACAAUAAAAAAAAAUAAAACCGGCCUCUAUGUAUAUAAAUAUAAAAGAGGAUAGUUUAAACAUAAGGUGCUUUUUACAUAGUCUAUGUAAAACUAAUUAUUAGUGAUUCAUAAAUAUCGUUUAUAUGUACUAACAUAAGGAAAUAAUUUAAGCUAAAUUUAUAUUUCCUACCAAUAAAAUAUAUGUAUGUAAAUUUGUUUAAAAGUCGUGCCAAAGGAGGGGAAUGUAAAUUUAAUAAAUUUUGAUAUUUCCAAUA